AUACGUCUUGUUCACACCCAGGGAAGUAGCCCUACCAGGAACAGAUACUUUCUUGUUCACACCCAGGGAAGUAGCCCUACCAGGAACAGAUACUGUCUUGUUUACACCCAGGGAAGUAGCCCUACCAGGAACAGAUACUGUCUUGUUCACACCCAGGGAAGUAGCCCUACCAGGAACAGAUACUGUCUUGUUCACACCCUGGGAAGUAGCCCUACUAGGAACAG